GAUAUCGAUGGAUUAAUUUCCUUUUGUAGCCUACUAGUAAGUUCAAAGGAACGCAGUAUUUUUAUUACGUCUAAGCAAGCUCAGAUACUUCAAGAGCUUUUUUAAAAAAGGAAAUACCGAUAAUAAUAAUACAGCUUUUAAAUUGUUUGCGUUUUUUUAAAAAAAUAACAAUCAUGACACAGCUUCAUCGUAUCGGAUACUAUCUACUUAUCAAUUACGCUGUUUGUUGAGAGGUUUGUCACGUGAUCAGAGUAAAUAUUUUCCUUAUUCUGCAACAAUAAGCUGCAUAUAUAGUCGAGACAUCGUUAAAAUAUUUAAAAGAACAAAUAACAGUUACUAAAAGACAGUUGGUAAAAACGUUAUUUAAAAUGAAGCUUUGUUUUAAAUUGUUUUGGAUAACUUUUUUAGUUUUAAAUUCGGUCACAACUUCAGAUUUGAUCGGAAUGUUUAACUAUAAGCAAAAAUGCGAGAAGAUUACAUCGGAUAUUUGCGUAAAAAAUAUAAACUCCGUUAGAUAUAAUUCAACCAAAUUUCCUAAUCUAUUAAAUCACAGGUCCCAAUACGAGGCUAAUGUUGAGUUGGCGCAGUUUUCGCCGUUGGUAAAAGUAGGUUGCUCUCCUCAUCUGGCUCAAUUUUUAUGCGCUGUUUAUAUCCCACUAUGUAUGGAAAAAUAUGACAAAUUGAUUCCACCAUGCCAAGAACUAUGUCUGAAAUCAAAAGAUGGUUGUAGUUCACUUAUGGAAAGAUAUGGCUUUAUUUGGCCAUCAGUAUUAGAUUGCGAUAACUUCCCAAAGCAAGAUAACAAUUCAACAUUAUGUAUUGGAGUUAGCGAAAAGGUUGUAAAACCGACUCCAGGAACAAAUGAUCUGAAAGGGGAAUGGCAUUUAGCAAAAGAAAACGAAGUUGUCAACCUCAAAUGUUCAAAAGAAAAAGUUAUAGAGAUUCGCAAGAUCCGUCAUUCAAAGUCGUCAUCAUGUUGCACAAAAGCGUCACAAAGUGUUAUUUCAGCAAUAUGCGAUGGUAAAAAAAACUGCAAACUAACUGUAACUAGUUCAACUUUAGGAGGGCAUUGUAAUGGUGCAGUGGGUGAUUUAUCUAUCCGGUAUAAAUGCGUUAGCCAAUCAAAAGUCAAAGCUUGUAAUAAAGAUGAUAAAAGUUAAAUGCAGCAAAGCUUGAAAUAGAUUUGGAAAUAUUAUACGGAAAUGCUAUAUAGUCUAAUUGGUGAAGAUAAAUUGUUAACUUUUACUAAGAAGUGAUCCCCUUAAAUGUCAGCAUCUGUUUAAAAAUUAACGUUUCUUUAGAAAUUAUGCAAAUACGAAACAAAAAAAGAGAUUCUCGUAUAUCAUGAAAUAAGUUGUUGUUCCAGUAUGCAAUUUCUAGGUCCGCUACUGAUAUAUAUGCAAAUAUGGAAGUGCAAAGCAGUGUUUCGUUAGACAGAUAUUUAUUAUAUAAACUGUUUUUAGAAAAUAAUGAAUGAUAUACAUUAUUAUAUAUA